UCUAGGCCUUCACUGCUGCGGAUAUGGAUCCAUUCGCAUAGCAAAUUGUGUUAAAAUAUACAUAUUGGGAAAUAACAAUAUCUAAGAAAAUGUUCGGCCGUUCAAGGAGUUGGGUCGGAGGACAGGGGAAGUCCAAAAACAUUCAUUCUUUGGAUCAUUUGAAGUAUAUGUACCAUGUCCUAACAAAGAACACAACAGUGACUGACCACAACAGAAAUCUGCUGGUGGAAACUAUUCGCUCCAUUACUGAGAUUCUCAUCUGGGGUGAUCAGAAUGACAGCUCUGUCUUUGACUUCUUUUUGGAGAAGAACAUGUUUGCGUUUUUCCUCAACAUACUACGGCAGAAAUCCGGACGGUAUGUGUGUGUCCAGCUUCUGCAAACACUCAACAUCCUUUUCGAGAACAUCAGUCAUGAGACUUCUCUCUAUUACUUGCUGUCCAAUAAUCAUGUUAAUUCCAUCAUUGUGCAUAAAUUUGACUUCUCUGACGAGGAAAUUAUGGCCUACUAUAUCUCCUUUCUGAAGACUUUGUCUCUGAAACUCAACAACCACACAGUGCACUUCUUCUACAAUGAGCACACUAAUGAUUUUGCCCUGUACACGGAGGCCAUUAAGUUUUUCAACCACCCAGAGAGCAUGGUCAGGAUCGCGGUCAGGACUAUCACACUCAAUGUGUACAAAGUGGACAACCAGCACAUGCUCCACUACAUCAGGGACAAAACGGCCGUGCCGUACUUCUCCAAUUUGGUCUGGUUCAUCGGAAGCCACGUCAUCGAGCUGGACAAGUGUGUGCAGACUGAUGAAGAACAUAAAAACAGAGGAAAACUCAGCGAUCUGGUAGCUGAGCAUUUGGAUCAUCUCCACUAUCUGAACGACAUCCUCAUCAUCAACUGUGAGUUUCUCAAUGAAGUGCUGACGGACCACCUGCUCAACCGCCUGUUCCUGCCCCUCUACGUGUACUCUCUGGUCAGUCAAGAGCAGUCCGAAGACCGCAAGAUCAACCCUCAGGUGUCGCUCUACCUGCUGUCACAGGUGUUCCUAAUCAUCCACUACCAGCCUCUCGUCCACUCCCUGGCCGAUGUCAUUCUGAAUGGAGACCUGUCGGUGUUCACCGUGCAGACAGAACAGAGCACUCACAAGAGUUUAUGUAAUGCUGGUGUUCGUCGCUUCACCAAGCCCCAAGAAAGUCUAGAGCGUUCCCUGGAGAUGAGUCGUCAGCGUGGGAGGAAGAGGGCACAGAAAAGACCCAACUACAAGAACGUGGGCGAGGAAGAGGAGGAAGAACGAGGAUCGGAGGAAGGGCCGGAAGAAGAGAAGGAAAAGGCUAAAGGUACAGAGGCUAGUUCAAAGGCCAGCAGGACAAGUGGGGACAAGGAAGAAAUUGAGAUGGUGGUGAUGGAAAAAUGUAGGGUCUCUGAUGUGUCCACGUUGACAGAACAAAACAUUACAGACGAAGAGAAGAGUGCUGCUGCGGCAGCACGGUCCGAAGGCCAGAAAAGCAGGCCCUUCCUGGACAUGUUCUAUAAUGCACUGGACUGUAACACAGAGGAUUACCAGGCUCUGUUUGUGCUUUGUCUCCUGUAUGCCGUGUCUCACAGUCAAGGUAUAAACCCAGAGCUCUUAGAGAGGAUCCAGCUACCUGUGCCAAAUCAAGACAGGAGCUCUUACAGUCAGGUGCUGGUGGAGAGAGUUAUCCGAAUCAUGAACCAGGCUGCUCAGCCAGAUGGGAAGGUGCGUCUUGCCACCCUGGAGUUAAGCUGUCUACUUUUAAAACAGUCUGUGCUGUCUGGCUCUCAAUGCAUUAUAAAGGACAUCCACUUGGCCUGUUUGGAGGGUGCCCGAGAAGAGAGUCUUCACCUUCUGAGGCGAUUUUAUAAGGGGGAGGAGAUCUUCCUGGACAUGUUUGAGGAUGAGUACAGAAGCAUGAUGAAUAAGCCCCUAAACGUGGAGUAUCUUAUGAUGGAUGCCUCCAUUUUACUUCCUCCCACUGGCACCCCCCUUACCGGCAUUGACUUUGUGAAGCGAUUGCCCUGUGGAGAUGUCGAGAGGACUCGCAGGGCUAUCCGUGUGUUCUUCAUGCUGCGCUCCCUGUCCCUACAGCUGCAGGGUGAACCAGAAACUCAACUUCCUCUCACCCGACCGGAGGAUCUCAUCAAGACUGACGAUGUGCUUGACCUCAAUAACAGCGAUCUUAUUGCUUGCAUGGUAGUGAGUAAAGAUGGGGUUCAAGCUCAGCGCUUCUUGGCUGUUGAUGUGUACCAGAUGAGUCUUGUGGAACCGGAUUCAAAGCGUCUUGGCUGGGGUGUUGUCAAGUUUGCUGGCCUUCUGCAGGACAUGCAGGUUUCAGGAGUAGAAGACGACAGCAGGGCUCUGAACAUCAUCAUACACAAGCCCACGUCUAACCCUCACGCCAAGCCUGUGCCCAUCCUGCAGGCUAACUUCAUCUUUGCAGACCAUAUUCGCUGCAUCAUCGCCAAACAGCGACUAGCCAAGGGCCGUAUCCAGGCCAGGCGCAUGAAAAUGCAGAGGAUCGCAGCUCUAUUGGAUCUUCCUGUUCAGCCUUCCACAGAGGUGCUGGGCUUUAGCCAACCAUCUGUUACAACAUCUCUGCCUUUCCGCUUCUAUGACCAGUCCAGACGCGGCCCAGCCUUCGCCUCCGUAGAUAAAGUUCCAGGUUUUGCAGUUGCUCACGUUGCCCAGCACAACCCCACAUCAACUUCCUUCACCUCACCACCUUCUAGUGGCCCCACCGGCCCCUGUGACCCCACACACACCGCAACACAGAGUCAAACAGGACUUUCCCUGGCGCCUAGCCUCACCCCUGCACCGCAACCCACCAUCUCCCUCCUGUCUAACAAUGAUGCCGAAACGCUGAGCGUGGACUCCUUGACCCUGCUGCCCCCCGCCGACCCGCCUCGCCUGCGCUCCUUCAGCACCCAGUCCUCCGUCCAGGAUGCGGAUGAGAUUAUUUCUGCUGGCCAAACAGAUGGCCGCAUGGUAGCAGUGGACGCACAGUCUCAAGACGACAGGAAGGAUAUUCCAGUCAUACCAGAGGAAGAUGAGGCAUCUCCUGAAUCUGGACAUUUGCUAAGUGAAGAAACUGAGGAUUUGACGAAGGUUCAGAGGGAGGAACCUAUGACUCAGCCCGAGACAGACUCUGCGGGCGUCACGACCGACCAAGAGGACAACCCAGACCUGGAGGAGGAGACUGCGAUAGACUGAUAUGAUGUCUAGUGCUACUAAAACUAAAAUGUACUGAAGAAAUUAGGGCCGGGUUACUAAAGCAAGAAAUGCAUGUUCCAUUGAUUACUCAAUGUGAGCAUGACCGAUUCUGGUUUGCACAUGCUUUCAGCUUUAGUGAUUCGGGCCCUCAAUUGUAUCUGUGUAGUUGCCGACUGUCAACACAGCGGUUGACAAUACUUCUCUUCACAUCAAGACCAUGAUGCAUUUCAGAAGAAAACGGCACUCUCAGAACAAUGACAUUAUUGUUCAUCAUGAGUGCUGCUUAAAGCACAGUCCUUUUUUCUGUCGUGCGUUAUUCUUUCUGCUCUGGUGCUGAGGUGUUCCAGCUGUUUCUCUGCAUGUGUGACUGUUUUGUGAUUGUGUGCGACUGUUCAAGUGUGUGUGCGUAUGGUUUUAUGAUGCUGAGCAGGCGGAGAGAAGGGCGUGUUCGUAUAAAUAUAUAUCCGAGUGGGUUGGUGGGGAUUGCCCGCUUGAUUUUACCAGUCUUAACACUGAGGAAUGUACAAAGACUUCUGGGUCUAUCCAGCGGUGCUCUUUUCUGAAGGUAUAUUUCAUUUGGGCUGAACAUUAAUUUGCACUUCAACGGUGUUUUUUUUUUUGUUUUUUUUUAAGCCCUUUUGUGUCAUUAUUUUUGAGAUCAUAAGCAACAGAUAAAGUAUGUGCUUAAAAUGACCCGUUUUAAUUCAUCAGUGCAUUGAAGAUCAUUUAAUUCGUGAACUCUUGCUCAGUUUUGGCAGCGUAGGAGGUUCAUCCAACCAUCCACUCUUGCUCCACCAAGCCUUUUUGUAUAACAAAUGCUGACUCGCUUUUGUCAGUCACAUUCUAAAGUGAGUUUUUUUUCCAUCAGGUGAACAAACCUGAUGUAAUCGAGUUUCAUUCCUGAGCGUUUAUGUCACUGCCGUACCUUCAUGCAUUUGCUUUCUUUCUGGAAGAUUCUGCACUCUGCCGACACAGGAUAAAUAUGCCUGUUUUCGUUCAUACAGUUACGUCGUUAAGUAUUUUGAGGUGUUCUCUUCCUUUUUUUAAGGCUGAGGCGAGUUUUCAAAAAUUUUUGGUGUGUUUUAAUGUUCUUUAACACUUAAUAUUCUAGAGGUCAUCAAGAGCUUGUGCUGGACACACUUAAUCAAAGCUGGGUGUGAUGCAUUUGUGGUUUCGUUUUACUUUGGUGUGCAAUAACCGUAAUUCAAGACUCAUUUAUUUCACUUACAGAUUCAAGAAGUUGGACUACCGUCACUAAUGGACUGAAAUGGAAAAUAUUUGGUUUAUAGACAGCAGCACAUAGAAGGGGUCCUCACGCUCUUGCGGUGUGGCACAGAUGCAAAUGUGUGGUAACCGUGACUGGGCGUUUUUCUCUCUAAAGAAACCCACUCACAAGCUUUAUCAACGGAGAUUGUAAAAUAUGACCUUUUAAAGCAAUACAGUUCUGCAUAUAUCAGUAUUUUGAGGUUAAAUUCAUUGUCGAAAAGGGAGCUCGGAGGGCAUCAUAGUUUGUACACAGUGUAAAGAUUUGUUUUGAUCUAAUGUUAUAACUAAUUACCAAGUCAUGCAAUAAAUUAUUCUGAUGUA